AUGGAGACGAAAGAGAUGUUGUCUGAGAAUCGCUUUGAUGUGCGAUUGCAAAGCGAUGGUGAAGUGAAAAUCAACAUGCCCGUUUUCACCUCGGUGCUUUGUCGAUUGAACAUCGAAUUAUUUCCUUUCGAUACACAAUUUUGUGCCGUUGCCUUGGCGUCUCCACUCUUGAAUGUCCAAGAAAUGGAUGUAAACGCCACACAGCCACCAAAUGAUGCCUACUUUGCGGGUAACGCUGAAUGGGAAGUGAUAAAUGUGACUGUUCGACAGAUGAGAUUUAUGGAGUAUGGAGAGUAUCGUGUUGAGGUUCAUUACAUUCUUCACCUCAAUCGUCGACCGAUCUACUAUGUGACAGUGAUCGUUGUGCCCACAUUUCUCAUCUCAGCGCUCUCAAUUUUGGGAAUUUUCUCUCCCGGAUCAAAUGAUGGACCAAGGAAUGAAAAGGUUUCCCUUGGGCUUGGCUCACUCUUGGCGAUGACUGUACUUCUAGAUAUCGUUGCCGGUGCAAUGCCCAAAUCGAACUCAAUCCCCCUUCUCGGUUUCUAUAUUAUUGUUGUGAUUAUGUUGUGCGCAGUCGGUGUCGCGAUAUCAAUGGCUCUUCUUGGGCUUUCAAGGUCGUACAUCCAGACCGAGCAAAUGCCUUCGAAUGCCGCCUAUCGUUUACUGAUCAUGUCACCGAUGAAAAAAGUCGACAGUAUAACUGUGAACAACUAUGCGCCCAUUGAAAUGAUCAAGAAUGCACCGAAAUUCCCGGAUCUGGCCGCAAUUUACAUUCAAUUGACGGAAGUGGCACGAGCACAGAAAACUUAUCGAGAGCGGAUAGAAAGAGCCGCCUGGAAUGGAAGGGUAGAAAAGGAAUGGAAUCGAAUCUUUGCCCGUGUCGAUCACGUCUUCCUUUUCCUCUUCGAAUCGCUCAAUCUUCUCAUUUUGCUUCUCUUCCUUCGAUACGCCUUCUUGCCCGUUCCCGAUUUGCCCGAUGAUUUUACUGUAAGUGGAGCCGACGUGGGAACAAUCCAGACUGCACCCUUGUCUCAAUAC